AUGAAGUUAAACUAUGCUCCCCACCCCACCCCGCCCCAAAUCAACCCCGUCCCGCCCGGAUUUGAACUUAAAGUUGGGGACGAAGAGAACCCCGCUGUGGAGGUGAAGCGAGGCGUUCCAGCUGAACCCAAAGCAGCCAGCGAGGCAGAAUUACUGUUAAAUGUUUGUUGUGGCCUGUGGGUUGUAAAUCGAACUUUUAAUUAUUUUUGCUGCAAUCCUUUCAUUUUACAGCAGUUGGGACUACGAUUAGGCGUGUGGUACUGGAGAGAUGAAACCAAAACUCUUGAAUUCAAAAGUUUUACACCUGCAGUAGAACCCAAGGAAAAAGGAAGGAAAGGCAAAGCAGUUCACUUUGCUGAAAUUGAUGCUUCAGACAGGUUGACAGAUAAAAGAUUUGCUUCAAGAGAUGCUAAGUCAUCUCAAGCCUUAGAGAAACGAGGUCAGCAGGGCAACGUUACACUGAAUGACGCUAAAUUUGUUGCUUUGCUUUUGCUACAAGAGACUGAGAUGCAGCGGAUCUGUUCUUUUACAACAUUUAUGAGGAAUAAGAAUCUUGACAAUUUCCUCAUGGCGUUAUUAUACUAUAUAUCUCAUUAUUUGGAAAAAAACUCACUGGAAAAGAAGCCCAAAAGCUAUAUGGUGGGCCUUGUAGAGAAAAAAGAGUUGGAAUUGGUUUCAAGUAAAUUAGAAGCAGCCCAGAAAUACUUGGCGCAGAAGUACUGUAUCCUGGUCCUGGGCCUGGGAAUGCCUGACAAGCAUCAUAUGUGCUGCGGGAAGGAGAAAAUAUCAGAUACACAAAAAGACUGGAAAUUCUUUGAGUCCUUUUUUACUUUCUGUACAUAUGUAGCUUGGAUUGUUUUCCGACGUCAACACUUCACAGAGAUUGAGGAAGAAAUAGGGAGGCUCUUUCGUACCAAUAUGUUCAAUAUUCCUCGAAGAAAGCGUGAGGAUGAAGAAUCAGGAGGGGAAAAGAAACGCAUGACAUUUGUGCAAUUUAGGAGAAUGAUGGCAAAACGCCCAGCGAUUAAAACAGCCAUUAACAUGCGCUCUCCAGUCAUGUCUACUCUUCUGCCGUCUCUCAGAGAAAAAGCUCAGAAUAUCUUUGAGAAAAAAUAUAAUCAAGUAGGCACCAAAUUCCCAGACAAGAUGCAAGAGCACAUGGAAAAUCUGCACUCUGUGCCCAUGCCAAUUGUUGGCAUCUUAGGGGAGCCUCGAUGUCUGUACAACCCUCAUACUCUUCUCCCCCUUGAACCAGAAGAAAGCAAAUCAUCUGGGAGACCGUCUUUCCUGACAGAAAGAAAUAACUUGAGGAUUCAGGAUACACUGGACUUGGUCGUGAAAACACUGUCCUCGCAAAUAUCAUUCCCUAAAUAAUCUGGUAUAUUCCAUUUCUGUAAUUAAGUCCCUGUAAUUAAGUCAUCAUUUUGACUUAAUCACUUUACAUCUGACUAAUAUUUGUUAUUAUUAAACUUUUUUAAUUGUUCAAAUUAUUUUGUUAAAAGUUCAACAAUAGACUAUUAAAGAAAUCCAGAAAGCUCUUGAAAA